AUGGCGUUUCUGACAGGACUGCUCAGGCUACCGCGGCCGACGACCUUUUGCGGCUUGAUGAGCCUCCAGACGGGCACCGAACUGAUCGCGCUGUCACUGCUGUUCAACAAAGUCACAGGUCUCUACGGCCUCCUCGCCAUCCUAACCGGCUACGACCUGUCAAUCGUGCAGCUUUCACUAUACGUCUACUCCGUUGUCGCGCUCGGCCUGCUUGCCUAUUGUCUGCCGCACAUUCGCAAGCAGACCCCCUUCCAGAAUCUUGCGUUUGCAUGGCUCUACAUUAUCGACACGUUCGUCAACACGGCCUACACUACAUUGUUCGCAGUGAGCUGGUUUUUGGCCUUGGAGGCCGUCGGGCCCAAACAGUCCGAGCCAACCGAAACGGAUGAGCCGCCCAUGGGUGGAGUCAUGGGUGCAAUCGACACGACAACCAGUAUGACUCUGAUUGUCCUCUUCUCACUCAUUCGCAUCUAUUUCAUGUUGGUUGUCAUGGCGUACGCACGAUCAGUCCUUCUGCAGUACCGUGAAGGAAAUUCCCAGCAGGCCAUCGACAGUGAAUCUCAGACUAUUGAGAAUCCAUUUGCGGUAGGAAUGCCCGAAGGCGAUGGCUGGAAGGGCAAGAUUGGCCGAACACUGGUGUCGGUGGGUAAGACGUACUGGUUGCCGAGCUUGGCCGAGAGGGACGAGUGGGCCAGGAGCAUGAACUCGAGAUUUCGUGGCAAGACGGCCGUUGCAUAA